AUGAAUACCAAGAUCCUUAUAGACGCAAACACGAUCAAGAAUAGUGCCAUUAAAAGAAUAGUUAUGGUGAAUAGAAGACUGCUUUCUAGAAAAAGACAUAACAGGACAUUAGUUUGUAUUAAGGCUAAGACCAAUACUGCGUGCCCAAUUGGCAAAAAUAUUGAGGUCAGACAUUUAUUAGGACCAUACAUUUUAAGGAAAAUUGUUAUGUCAUCUGCAAAUAGAAGAAGUUUAGCCUUUGUUAUCUACUUAGUAAUUGAGUUAACAAAUAAAAUAAACAGAAGUGGACUAAGCUAA